AUGGCUAUUGGAAGGGCAGCAAUGCAGUCGAAUGAAAGACUAGGAACAAGAGAAGGAGAACAGGAUAUCCACAAUAUACAGAGACAGGAUUUGGGUAAACUGGGUGUCAUCACAGUAAAACAGCUAGAGGAAAAGACGCUAGAAGGAAAUCAGGAGUUCUAUUUUAGACUUACAGACCUAGAGAAAGCAUAUGAUAGAAUUCGAAGAGAAGUGAUGUUUUGGUGUUUUAGGAAGAGAAAAGACGCAGAAAAGUUGGUUAGGCUGGUCGAGAUGAUAUAUCAAAGAAUGAGCACAAAAGUAAUGACAGCAGCUGGGAAAACAGAAAAUUUUGAAGUGAGUGAUGGAUUACACCAGGGGUCAGCAGCAUCAAGCCCAUUUCUGCUUGUGCUGGUCAUGGAUGUUUUGAGUAAAGAGAUCGGGAUGAAGUGCUGUGGGAGUUGUUGUACGCUAAUGAUCUAG